CACACCAUGUGACGUCAGCAGACUUUGAAUGCCACCCAUCCAGAUUCAGAUCUGCUUUGCUGAAGAUGGAGGCUGAAGAUCUCUCAAAGGCCGAGGACAGACCUGAAGAUCCGGGUUUCCAAAAUGAAGGCCAGUCCCCUGCUAUGAAGCCUGAUUUCCCACUAGAAGGACAGUGUCCUGGCCCCACUGCCCUCUGGGACACACUUGAAAAGAAAUUUCUGGAAUACCAGCAGCUGACGCACAAGAACCCAGAAGAACGUCGGAAGAACCUGCUGAGCCUGCUCCCCCUGUUCUUAAAGGCCUGGGAACACUCCGUGGGCAUCAUCUGCUUUCGUAGUCUCCAGAGGCUGGCAGAAGAUGUGUCCGACCAACUCGCCCAAGAAAUACAGCAGGCACUUGCAGGAAAGCCUGCAGAGCAAGCCCGGACUGCAGUUGGACAGCUACUGAGGUGGAAGGGGGACACGGAUCAGGAUGGCUACCUGCUUCUAAAGUCGGUGUAUGUGCUCACGGGGACAGACUCGGAGACGCUGGGCAGAGUGGUCGGGUCAGGGCUCCCAGCCCUGCUCCUACAGUGCCUGUACCUCUUCUUUGCUUUUCCCGUGGAGAAGGAUGAGCUCUUAGAGGGUGAUGUUCAAGGGCAGAGGAUGUUUGUGCAGAUGCUGUUAAACAUUUGCAGCGAGUCACAGGGUCUGGAGGGACUUCUCUCAGGAAGCGAGCUCCAGUCUCUGCUGAUUGCUACCACCUGUCUGCGGGAACACAGCUGCUACUUCUGGAAGGAGCCCACCUUCUGUGUGCUGAGGGCUAUCUCCAAGGCUCAGAGCCCGAGCGUCAUCCAGUAUCUGCGAACUGCUGACUGUGUCAGGCUCUCAGUUCAGAACCUCUCCAAGUUGGCUGACACGCUCCCCGCACCCGAGGUGAGCCAGGCAGUGAGCCUCAUCCUGAAUUUCGUGAAAGACUCCUACCCCAUCUCCUCUGCGCUGCUCCUGGAGUUUGAGAACAGGGAGGGCUACCCUCUGCUACUCAAGGUACUGCUGCGGUAUGACGGGCUGACCCAAGGUGAGGUAGAACCCCAUCUCGAGGAGCUGCUGGAGCUGGUGAUGUGGCUAACCACCUGUGGGCGCUCAGAACUGAAGGUGUUUGACAGUGUCACUUAUCCCCAGCUUGAAGGCUUCAAGUUCCAUCAGGAGGCUUCUGGGGUGACCGUGAAGAAUCUCCAGGCUUUCCAGGUGCUGCAGAAUGUUUUCCACAGAGCCAGCGACUCUGUCCUUUGCACCAAAGUGCUGUUGGCCAUCAAGACCAUGUGGGCCUGGAACCCUCGGAAUUUCUUCCUGCUAGAGUGGACCCUGCAGCCCAUCUCACAGUUUGUGGAGCUUGUGCCCCUGAAGCCACCCCUGGUGCAGGUGCACUUUUUCCAGCUGCUGGAGACUCUGGUGUUCAAGCUUCUCUACGUGCCCCAUGAGAUCCUGGCUAAAGUGCAGCAUCUGAUCAAGGAGAGCCCUGAGCAGCCCUGCACCCUUGUGGCCUUGCAGAGCAUCCUCAGGAUCACGGCUAGUGAUCAGCUUUUCACAGACAUCUUCCGGGACUCAGGCCUGCUAGGCCUGCUUCUGGCCCAGCUCCGGAAGCAGGCCAAGAUCAUGAGGAAGUCAGGAAGCAAAGUGCCCAGUCCAGGUGUGCAAGAUCCAGAGAGGGAACUCACCUGUGUGAUGCUGAACACUGUGGUCGCACUUCUGCAAGGCUCUGUUCGCAAUGCAGUUGUCCUGAAAGAUCAUGGCAUGGUGCCCUUCAUCAAGAUCUUCCUGGAUGAUGAGUCCUAUCGAGGGGCUUCACUCAGCAUCUUGGAGCAGCUCUCAGUCAUCAACGCAGAGGAGUACAUGAGCAUCAUUGUGGGUGCUUUGUGCUCCUCCACUCAGGGGGAGCUGCAGCUGAAGCUGGAUCUCCUCAAGUCUCUGCUCCGGAUCCUGGAGACCCCCAAGGGCCACGCUGCAUUCCGAGUCUCCAGUGGGUUCAAUGGACUGCUGUCUCUGCUUUCUGACCUGGAAGGGUCCCUCCAAGUGCCUGUAGUGCCAACAUGGGGUUCUGUGUCCCUCAGCCAGACCCUGGAGCUGGUGUUGCACACUCUUUGUGUGAUGUCUGCUGCACUGCACUUGGACCCUGUCAACGAGCACUUCUUCAGGACCAAAGGGCUCUUUGAGAAACUGGCUGAAGACCUCUGUCUGCUGGGCUGUUUCGGAGCUCCAGAGGAGGAGGGUGCCCAGCGGCUCUCCUCGUCUGACAUGAAGGCCAGGCCCUUUGUGGAUUUGCUGAGCUGUGCCUUUUCCUCCAGCUGUCCGUUCCCACCCAGGUUGCAGAGCUGCCUAAAGAUUCUGAGCUUCCUAGACAGCAUGGCCAGUGGCACCCUCCACCUCCGCAGGGACCUGAUGGAGCCGGCCAGGGCUGAGCAGGAGCCCUCUGUGGAUGCUCAAAAGGGAGAUGCCAGUGGCCGCCAAGGCAAACUCAAGCAGUGGCCAGACCUGGAGGAGAGGAUGGAUGAGGGUGACGUCACGAUCAUGCAUCCUGGGAUCAUAUGCAUCAUGGUGAGACUGCUGCCUCGCCUGUACCUUGACGACCACCCACAGCUUUCUGAGGAGGUCCAGUGCUCUAUGGCCAGUCACCUCCUAUCCCUGGUGAAAUCGGAGAAGAAUCGCCAGGUCAUGUGCGAGGCAGGGAUGCUUCGGACACUUAUGACCUUUUGCAGCAGAACCCUCAGCACGGGGGGCAGUGUCCUGCACUCGCUUCUCAUCAGAAUCUUUGAAAAGCUCGGCUCCCAAGCCAUCGAGCCAGACGUGCUAAGCCCAUGCCCUGGAGAGUCUCAGGACCACAGAUCCCUGUGGACCUCUCAAGAUUCAGCCACAGCCCUCCAGACAACAUUGAGCCUCAUUUCCAUGACUUCCCCUCGCAAUCUGCAGCCUCAGAGGGCAGCUCUGACUCCAUCCUUUGUGGAAUUUGACAUGUCUGUUGAAGGUUAUGGCUGCCUCUUUAUUCCAACCUUGUCUACGGUCAUGGGGUCCAGCACAGAGCACUCCAUCUCUGGAGGGACUGGAUCAGGCACCCCCAGGCUGUUCCCUCCACCAGGAGGACUCACCUUCUCCUGCUGGUUUCUCAUCAGCCGGCAGGCCACUGUCAUGGAGGGCCACCCACUGCGCUUCCUGACCUUGGUGCGCCACCUGGCCAGGACUGAGCAGCCCUUUAUCUGCUUCUCCGUCAGCCUCUGCAUGGAUGACCUCUCCCUGGUUGUGUCCACAGAAGAGAAAGAGUUUCAGCCCCUGGAUGUCAUGGAGCCUGAAGAUGAGGCCGAGCCCUCUGCAGGACGCCAGCUACAGGUCAGGUGCAGCCAGCUGCUGACCUGUGGCCAGUGGUAUCACCUGGCUGUGGUGGUCAGCAAAGAAAUGAAGAGGAAUUGCACUGUGACCACGUAUCUGGACGGACAAGCUAUUGGUUCAGCCAAGAUGCUGUAUGUUCAGGCCUUGCCAGGGACUUUCCUUUCAAUGGACCCAUCUUCAUUUGUGGAUGUUUAUGGCUACAUUGGGACCCCUAGAAUUUGGAAACAGAAGUCGUCACUAAUCUGGCGUCUUGGCCCCGCAUACCUCUUUGAAGAAGACAUAUCAGUAGAUGCGUUAGCUCUUAUUAUCAAACUUGGCCCGAGGUACUGUGGCAACUUUCAGGCUGUGCACCUUCAAGGAGAAGGCCCGGAUGGUGAAGCCACACCCCUCUUUGCGGAAGAAAGGGUUUCCUUUGGCCUUCAUGUGUCCAGCUCUUCCAUCACCAGCAUAAUGAACAUCAGAAACACCUACAACGAGGUGGACAGCCGCCUAAUCGCCAAGGAGAUGAAUAUUGCUUCCCGUGACAAUGCCACGCCUGUGUUCUUGCUGAGAAACUGUGCUGGCCACCUCUCAGGGUCUCUUCGGACUCUCGGUGCUGUUGCCGUGGGCCACUUAGGGGUGAGGGUGUUCCAUUCCAGCCCUGCCGCCAGCAGCCUGGACUACAUUGGAGGACCUGCCAUCCUCUUGGGCCUCAUCUCCCUGGCAACAGAUGAUCACACCAUGUAUGCAGCCAUGAAAGUCCUACACUCGGUUCUGACCAGUAAUGCCAUGUGUGACUACCUGAUGCAGCACAUCUGUGGGUACCAGAUCUUAGCCUUUCUCCUGAGGAAGAAGACAGCCUUCCUAAACCACCGCAUCUUCCAGCUGAUCCUCUCAGUGGCUGGCACUGCAGAGCUGGGCUUCCGACCAUCUGCUCUCACUAACACGUGUGUCUUCCAGCAUGUGCUCUGCAAUUUUGAGCUCUGGACAAACACGGCGGAUAACCUGGAGCUUGCUCUCUUUUCCCACCUCCUGGAGAUCCUUCAGUCACCAAGGGAAGGACCCAGGAAUGCUGAAGUAGCCCACCAGGCACAGCUGGUACCCAAGCUCAUAUUCCUCUUCAAUGAACCGAGCCUGGCCCUGUCCAAGGUCUCCACCAUCAUCGCCAUUCUGGGCUGUCAACUGAAGGGCCACUUUAACAUCCGGGACUUACUCAGGGUCGGACUGUUUGUCAUAUACACCCUCAAACCUUCGUCAGUGAACGAGAGGCAGAACUGCCUGGAUGGAGCCCAGGACCCCUCUGUACCUGCUGGAAGCCAAACAUCUGGAAAGGCAAUCUGGCUUAGAAACCAGUUGCUGGAGAUGCUGUUUGGUGUAAUAUCUUCCCCCCAACUUCAUCUGUCCUCUGAGACAAAGGAACAGGUGUUUUUGAACCUGGGACCCGACUGGUUCCUGCUGCUCCUACAGGGUCACCUGCAUCCCAGCACCACCACGCUGGCAUUGAAGCUGCUGCUGUACUUUCUGUCGAACCCUUCUCUCCGUGGGCGAUUUAGAGAUGGCCUGUCUGCUGGGUGCUGGGUGGAGUGCAGCAUGGAGGGUGUGGACAUUGUGAUGGACAACCUGAAGAGCCGCCCUGCAGUGCCUGACCAGAGCCCCUGCCUGCUUCCUGGGUUCCAGGUCUUGAAUGACUUUCUGGCCUACCAUGUCCUUAUUCCAGAAGUGUACCUCAUUGUGUCCUCCUUCUUCCUCCAAACACCACUCACAGAGCUGACUGAUGGACCCAGAGAGAGCUUGGACUCAAUGCUUCAGUGGCUUCUACAGAAAUAUCACCAGCAAGAAGUCCUCCAGGUGGGGCUGUGCACAGAAGGUGCCCUGUUGCUACUGGGAAUGAUAAAAGCCAUCAUGAGCCAGCCCCCUGCAGGUUCAGGAGAUAGUGCCUGGGAGCGAACCUUCCCCAGGAGUAUUCUUCAGUUCCUCGGCCUGGUGCAACGCUCCUACCCCCAGGACCCAGCAUGGAGGACCCCUGACUUCCUUCAAACCUUGGCCAUCAUCACUUUCCCCCUGGAAGCCCAGAAGGAGCCAGUAUCUGAGUCCUCUGGAAACACCAGCAGUCCUGGGACCUCCCCUGAAUCCACCAGUACUGCAGAUGCAUUCCAGGAUUCUUUCAAGUCACAUCCAGCUCGAAGGCAGCUGAGAGAGUUCAUGCAAAUCCUCCUCAGGGAGCUGCUGCUUGGAGUGUCCAGCCCCAAGCAAUGGUUGCCCUUGGAGGUACUCCUGGAGGCUUCUCCGGAUGGCAUCACCAGUCAGCAGAAGAGGGACUUCCAGUCUGAGGUCCUACUUUGUGCCAUGGACAUAUUCUAUGUCACAAGACAGGGUAGCAUGCCUACCCUAAGAGGGAGCACGGAGCCUCAGGCAAACCCAGAAGCUGCAGCUGUUCCUUCCCUUGCAAGUAUUUCCCACUUCACCCAGAAGCUGGUGGAGAAGCUGUACAGUGGGAUGUUCUCGGCAGAUCCCAGGCACAUCCUCCUCUUCAUCAUAGAGCACAUCGUGGUGGUCAUUGAGAGCCCGUCUUCCCAAAGGGAUACUGCCGUGAGUGCUUUAUACAGCAGUUUGAAUAAAGUCAUCCUGCACUGCCUCUCCAAGCCCCAGCAGUCCCUGUCUGAGUGUCUUGGCCUCCUCAGGAUCCUGGACUUCCUACAGGAGCAUUGGGACAUUAUCUUUGCCACUUACAAUUCCAAUGUCAGCUUCCUCCUGUGCCUCAUGCAUUGUCUUUUGCUGCUGAAUACCAGGAGUUAUCCAGAAGGAUUUGGAUUGGAGCCCAAGCCCAGAAUUACUCCUUAUCAUCAAGUCUUCCUUUCUCCAAGUGAAGAAGUGAAAGACAGAAAGGAGAAAGGCCUCCCAAGUUUGAGCGAUGUCCAGCACAACAUCCAGAAGUCAGUGCGGACACUCUGGCAGCAGCUGGUGGCACAGAGGCGACAGACACUGGAGGAUGCCUUCAAGAUCGACCUCUCCGUGAAAGCAGGGGAGAGUGAAGUGAAGAUCGAAGAGGUCACCCCACUCUGGGAGGAAACGAUGCUUAAAACCUGGCAGCAUUACUUAGCAUCUGAGAAGAAGUCACUAGCCAGUCGCUCAAGUGUCACAUACCACAACAAGGUGACUUCGUGGAGUGGGAGUCUGUCCUCAGCCAUGAGACUGAUGCCAGGGCGGCAGGUGAAGGACCCUGAAUGCAGAGCAGAGGAUUUUGUGUCCUGUAUCGAGAAUUACAGAAGAAAAGGGCAGGAGCUGUAUGCAUCUCUGUACAGAGACUAUGUGCAGAGACGGAAAAGUGGCAGCAUCAAGGCAGCCAUGGCCUGGGCCAGGAUUCAGGAACAGCUCUUUGGGGAGCUGGGAUUGUGGGGCCAAAUGACAAAAUCCACACCCUGCUCCCAGUGGGAACUGGACAGGAGAGAAGGACCAGCUCGAAUGAGGAAACGCAUCAGACGCUUAUUUUCCUGGGAGGCCCUGAACCAAGGAGGGGGCACGGAGAGCCAAGACAGAAAAGAUGGUCUUUCUCAGACAAAUGCUGAAAACCAAGAUGAGCUGACACUGGAGGAAGCUGAGAACAGGCCGGACGAGGUGGGGGUGGAUUGCACACAACUGACCUUCUUUCCUGCUUUGCAUGAAAGUCUGAACUCAGAAGAUUUCUUGGAAUUAUGCAAGGAAAGACAAAUCAUUUUACAAGAGCUUCUUGAUGGAGAAAAGGUGUCACAGAAGGUCCCCCUGGUGAUUGUGCAGGGCCACCUGGUCUCAGAAGGGAUCCUGCUCUUUGGCCAACAGCACUUCUACAUCUGUGAGAACUUUACCCUGUCUCCCACAGGCGAUGUCUAUUGCACCCGCCACUGCUUAUCCAACAUCAGUGAUCCCUUCAUUUUCAACAUGUGCAGCAAAGACAGGUCCUCUGACCACUACUCCUGCCAACGCUAUGCGUACAGUGACCUCAGAGAGCUCCGGCAGGCCCGCUUUCUCCUGCAGGACAUCUCCCUGGAGAUCUUUUUCCAAAAUGGCGACUCUAAACUCCUCGUCUUCUACAACAGCGACCGGGGUAAAGCCUUCAAAAGCUUUUGCACUUUCCAGCCCAGCUUGAAAGGAAAAGGCAACGCAGAGGACCCAUUCAACCUAAGGAGACACCCGGGCUUCGACAGGACCAUGCUGCAGAAGUGGCAGAAAAGGGAGCUCAGCAAUUUUGAAUACCUCAUGUACCUCAACACCCUGGCUGGAAGGACCUACAACGACUACAUGCAGUAUCCUGUGUUUCCCUGGGUCCUUGCUGACUACACCUCAGAGAUGUUGAACUUGACAAAUCCCAAGACUUUCCGGGAUCUUUCGAAGCCAAUGGGGGCUCAGACCAAGGAAAGGAAGUUGAAAUUUACCCAGAGGUUUAAAGAAGUUGAAAAGAUUGAAGGCGACAUGACCGUCCAGUGCCAUUACUACACCCACUACUCCUCAGCCAUCAUCGUUGCUUCUUACUUGGUCCGGAUGCCACCCUUCACGCAGGCCUUCUGCUCCUUACAGGGCGGAAGCUUUGAUGUGGCUGAUAGAAUGUUCCACAGUGUGAAGAGCACGUGGGAAUCUGCCUCCAAGGAGAACAUGAGCGACGUCAGGGAAUUGACCCCUGAAUUCUUCUACCUGCCCGAGUUUCUAACCAACUGUAAUGCAGUGGAGUUUGGGCGCAUGCAGGAUGGAACAACCCUGGGGGACGUGCAACUCCCUCCCUGGGCUGAUGGGGACCCAAGGAAAUUCAUCAGCUUGCACAGACAGGCUCUGGAGAGCGACUUCGUCAGUGGUAACCUCCACCACUGGAUAGACCUGGUUUUCGGAUGUAAGCAGCAGGGACAGGCUGCUGUAGAGGCAGUGAACACUUUCCAUCCCUACUUCUAUGGUGACCGAAUAGACCUCACCAGCAUCAGUGACCCCCUGAUCAAGAGCACCAUCCUGGGGUUCAUCAGCAACUUCGGACAGGUACCCAAGCAGAUCUUCACUAAACCUCACCCAUCCAGAAACAGCACAGGGAAGCCACCACUGCCUGGAAAGGAUGUCUCCUCCCCAGCGGGCCUUCCGGGCCACUCCCAGUCCUUCCUCCACAACCUGCCAGCACUGAAACCGUCUCAAGUCACAGUCAAAGAUAUGUACCUUUUCUCUCUAGGAUCAGAAUCCCCCAAAGGGGCCAUUGGCCACAUCGUUCCUACCGAGAAGACUAUCCUGGCGGUGGAGAAGAACAAGAUGCUGCUGCCGCCUCUCUGGAACAGGACCUUCAGCUGGGGCUUUGAUGACUUCAGCUGCUGCCUGGGGAGCUAUGGCUCUGACAAGAUCCUGAUGACGUUUGAGAACCUGGCUGCCUGGGGCAUCUGUCUGUGUGCUGUAUGCCCAUCUCCUACAAUGAUCGUCACCUCUGGGGCCAGCGCAGUGGUGUGCGUGUGGGAGCUCAGCCUGGUCAAAGGUCGCCCAAGAGGCUUGAACCUCCGGCAGGCCUUGUAUGGACACACCCAGGCUGUCACAUGUCUGACAGCCUCAGUCACCUUCAGCCUCCUGGUGAGUGGCUCCCAGGAUCGCACUUGUAACCUCUGGGACCUGGACCAUUUCUCUCGAGUGGCCUGCCUGCCUGUCCACCGGGAAGGGAUCUCCGCUAUUGCCAUCAGUGAUGUUUCGGGAACCAUUGUCUCCUGUGCCGGAGCCCAUUUGUCCUUGUGGGAUGUCAAUGGUCAGCCCUUGGCCAGUAUUACCACAGCCUGGGGCCCAGAAGGAACCAUAACAUGCUGCUGCAUAGUGGAGGGACCAGUGUGGGAUGCAAGCCAUGUCAUCAUCACAGGGAGUAAGGAUGGCAUGGUCCGGAUCUGGAAGACAGAGGACGUGAAGAUGUCUGUUCCCAGGAAGGCAGUGACAGAAGAGCCCUCCACUGAGCCCCUAAGCCCCAGAGGGCACAAGUGGGCCAAAAACCUUGCCCUGAGCCGAGAGCUGGAUGUCAGUGCUGCUUUGAGUGGCAAGCCUAGCAAGACAAGCCCGGCUGUGACAGCUUUGGCCAUAACUAGAAACCAGACCAAGCUCUUGGUUGGCGACGAGAAGGGGAGGAUCUUCUGCUGGUCAGCUGAUGGGUAGGAGCACACUAAUGCUGAAAGCACUGGCAUUGAAGCUGGGUGUCUCAGGGCCUGCAGCGGCAGGCUGCUGGCAUCCAGGUGAUGUGUCGCCUGGCCCUAUACCCAGAGCAAGCUUUUUUGGGGAACUCUCCUCCCACAGUUCUCAAGGACACCUGAUGAUUUGUACUGUAUACCCCAAACAUCUCUGGGGUUCACAAGACUUCUGUAUGAGGAUGCUGGUAGACAUUCCUGUGGAAACUGACCAGCUGGUGACAAGUUGUGCAGGAAAUUGAUGUGUGACUCAUCUACAAAGGCUUACUGUGCUAGAAAAGAAAGGAGCGGGUAUUGGUUCAUGGAAGCCUUUCUGCGGUCUAUUUUAUUAA